AUGAUUCGGAAAUCGGCAAGAGGUCUCCGGUUGACCCUGGCCUUUGCUCUCAACCUGAUUGUUCUGUUUGCCAUUUUCAAUUACAGGAACGGGGGUACGCUGGUUCCAAAUCCAAGGCACGCCCGCGCUCGCCACGACGUACGAUGUUUCCCGCCUCGAAAGAAGCCAGCCUCCAUCAAAGUGCCUGCAGCCCAAGAUGACAAGUUUCUCGCCGGUCUGUGGGACACACUGCGGCCAUUGUUCGACCAGCACAAGCCGGAACCCGCGCAUAUUGACAAGCCCGCCCCCGAGAAGAAGCCCGGGGAGAGCGAACUCGGCUCCUUCUUUGAUCUGACUGAUGAAGAAGCAGACCUUACCAGGGCAAGGCACGAGGAGCUUGUGGGCAAACUGCCACCAUAUCCCCAGCAGCGCUUUGGCGGCCGCGGAGUUGUCAUCCUGGCCGGAGGAAGGUAUUCCGAGUUUGCGGCCAUAACCCUUGGCAUGCUCAGGGAGUCGGGAAGCCGGCUGCCGGUCGAGCUGUGGUUCGACGAUGGGGGCGACGACGAGUGGUGUCGCGAGCUCGAGCCCGAGGGCGUCGCGUGCAGAAGGCUCACGGAAUACAUGAGCCUGGAUGACUUGCCGAGCCCGUACCAGUGGAAGGUCUUUACCAUGCUCUACUCGACGUUUGAGGAGAUUCUCUUCAUAGACGCCGACUCGAUGCCAGUCAAGAAUCCCGACUCUGUCUUCGAGUCUGCCGUCUUCCAGAGCAACGGCGUGAUACUGUGGCCCGACUACUGGACACACACGGGCUCUCCGUGGCUGCCGUAUCUCGUCGGCAUCAACGACACCAGGAAGUCGGACAUGCUGGUUCGAGAGAUGAGCAUCGAAUCAGGGCAAAUCUACUGGAACAAGAAGACGCAUUGGAAGAGCCUUGUGCUUGCCGCCUACUACAACUACUUCGGGCCCGACUUCUGGUAUACCGUCUUCAACAACGGCUGGGCGGGAUGGGGCGACAAGGACGCCUUUGUCGUGGCCUGCAAAGCCGCCCAGCAGCCGUACUACCAGGUCCCUCACAGCAUCGUCACCAUUUUUCUCCAGGGCACCACUGACGGCAUCGGCAUGUUGCAGGGAGAUCCCACCAACAGGGCCGAGCACACGCCGCUCUUUAUGCACAUCAACAUGAUCAAGAUGAGCAUGAGAGAGGUGCUCUGCAGCGAGGACUGCACCAAGUCGGAGCGGCAGGGCGACCACCCCUUCCACAUGAUUGACGAAAAUUCGAGAAUCAACAAGCACCUGCGCGAGGGCCGACGCCUCUACGCCGUCGCCGAGCUGUUCGAGGCCAACAUUGACCCGGAACCGGACGUGUGGCGGGUCUUGGAACACACCGCAUGCAGGACCCAUCGGGGCAGCCGGCACAUGUGCAAAAACGCCCGCGACCACAUGGAGAGGACGUUUGGCUUCAAGUUCACCGCCGAUGGCGACGAGGGCGGCGACGGAGACGCACGCGUGUGCAUCGAGGGCCCGUGGGCUCAGCCAUCCACGGCCAGGCCCAAGCCAGACAACUGGACACGCGGCGAUGGCGAGGACUACUAG